UUAAAUUAAUUUAAACAUUAUUAUAAAAAAAAAAUAAUAAAGAUACCUACAACUCCACUCUUCAAUUCCCCAAAGUUUCCUUUUUCAGGUAUACUUUGAAAUGUCCCUUUAAGAAAUUAAACAUCAUAUUUUGUCCUUGAUGAAGUCCUAUCAUUAGUUUUAAUUUACUACUUACAACAAGUCAACAAUUAGAAGAAGCUGGACAUUGUUCGUAAUUUGAUUUGAUUGAUCGUUAGAUAGUAUAACACAAGUUCUUAAUAUUUAACCAAAAAUGCAAACACCAAGAUUCAAUCUUGAAGUUGAGGCCUUGUUUGAAGAUGAUUCUGAUAUUACUAGCCAAGUAGCUUCCAACGUAUGCGUGGGUGAAACAUUCGCGGAUCCUUCAAAGAACAGCGUUAUAGAUUUCACUCAGUUGAAUUCCGAACCUGUGUCUCUUGACUUGUCUCUUAACCAGGAUUCAAUAGGCGGUUUUUCAGUAUCCAGUACAAGUGAAAGCAGCAAUGAACUUGCAACUACACAAACUUCAGUAUCAGGACCAGGAUUUCAACGAGUUUUUAGCUGCAAUUUCUGCCAGAGAAAGUUCUAUAGUUCACAGGCACUUGGUGGACACCAGAAUGCACAUAAAAGAGAGCGAAUACUAGCAAAACGUGCUAUGAGAAUGGGCGUUUUCUCAGGAAGGUAUGCUAAUUUAGCGACUUUGCCUUUACACAGAUCUACAAUAAGGUCAUUAGGAAUCAAAGCACAUGCUUCACUACACCAGGUGUCUGCACCAGCAAUCAGGCCACUCGAUUUCAAAACAAGCGCAAGAUUUGAGUAUGAUAAUCGCCAGAGUCCACCUUUGUACAUGGAGAAUGAUGUUGCUGAUCAGUUAGUACUAUGGCCUGGCAGUUUCCGUCAAGUGACAAAUCCCAGUACCUCUCACACUAAUUUCGCUCUCCCUGGAUGUUCAAAUGUGACAUUGACUCCAUACGUCGAAAAAGAUGAACCAAUUGCACCAGACCUCACACUGAGGCUUUGAGAUAUUUGACAGCAAGUAGCUCAACAUCAUUUAGCUUUCAUGUUUUAUUUGUACAGUGACAUAUAUAUUGUCCUAUGUGUGGAUAUGCUAUGCACAAUGCCUUCUCAGGCCAGUGUGAUUGGGACAUCAAAUGAUUGUUUUACAAUUUGAAUGUAUUAGUUAUGACUUGUAACUGUUA